AUGUAUAAGUUUAGUUCACAGCAGUACUAUUUUCAUAAUCUAAAGCCGGACGCCGGAGUCGUAGAACGACUUCACGCCGGACGCGUCGCAGUCCUUCCGCCACGCGGUCUUCUUGCCGGACGCGCCGCGGACGCGCUUGAGCUGCUCGCCGGCGCUUUUGGCGACGGCGCCCGGCGCGCGCGUCAGCCGGGCCGGCUCCGCGCGGAUCGCGCCAAUUUGCGCGCGCGUGGCGCGGCCGGCAGAGACGGCCUUGUCGCUCGCGUAGGAGUAGAUCUUCACGGCCUUGUCAGACGUGAACGCCGCGGCGGUCUUCGUGGCGGCGACGGUCUUAUCCUUCGCCGUGCCCAGGAGUUUCUUCGUCAGGGACCGGACCCCCAGGCCCUCGAGGCGCUCGAUCUCGGCGUCGCGCGCCGCGACGGACCGUCCGAGCGCCCCCGAGAUGGCCUCGCUCCGCGCGACGUCGGUCUGCGCCGCGGCGCGCGCCUCCGCCGCCGCGGCCUUCUCGGCGGCCAAUGCUUGCUCCGCCGCCGCGAGCUUCGCCUCCGUCGCGCCCAGUUUUGUCACCAACGUCAGGCUGCGCUGCUCCGCGGCCGCCUUGUCCUGGGCCGCGCCGAGCUUGACGCGCGCGAGGUCCGCGCCGAGGUCGUUGAUCUGCUGCUUGAGGCCCUUGACGACGCCCUCCCAGGUCGACUCGACUUUCGAGAGCUCGAGCUUGUGCGCGCGCUGCGCCGACGUGAGGUCGUCGGCGGCCUGGCGCAGGCGGUCCGUGAAGCUCCGGACGGUCUGCUGCAGCGUCGACUUCUCGUCCGCGACCGUGAGCAGCUCCUUCUGCAGCUUGGUCACCUCCGACCGCUCGAGCGUGGCGACCGACGGCGUGACGCCGUUGACUUGGCCGUUCAUGUAGGCCGGCUUGGUGGACAGCGGCGCCAUGGCCGCAGCCGAGGACAGGCAGAGCGCGACGAGUAAUGCAGUCGUCUUCAUCGUGAUGCUGCUUGCAACUAAAAUGCUACUAAUAGAUGGUGCACUCAACGCGGUGUUCGAUUAAUGUAACCAGUGGUCACCAGCUGAGCUCUAGCAAUUUUGGAACUCGU